AUGUCUGUUAACUAUGAUUUCACCGGAAAGGUAGCUCUGAUAACUGGUUCGAGUUCGGGUAUCGGUGCGGCCACUGCUCAACUGUUUGCCAAAUCGGGUGCCAAUGUUGUAGUGACCGGUCGUAAUGCCGAUCGUGUCGCCAAAGUGGCCAAACAGUGUACAGAUUUGUCACCGAAACAGUUGACUGCACUGGAAGUUGUCGGCGAUCUGACUAACGAUAAGGAUUGCGAUCGACUGAUUGAGACAACUGUCCAAACGUUUGGCAAAUUGGAUAUAUUGGUCAACAAUGUCGGGUUUGUUCAAAAAGCUUAUGUUACUAAAGAUGAUUACUUUCAAAUAUUUCAAAAUAUUAUGACAACUAACUUGAAUUCAGUGGUAUAUCUGACACAUAAAUGUGUUGAACAUUUGGCCAAAACUAAUGGCAAUAUUAUUAAUAUAUCGAGUAUUAUGUCAAAAAAAGCAACGGCAAACGGUUCGUCACCCUAUCAUAUAUCUAAGGCAUCUCUGGAUAUGUUUACCAAAUGUAUGGCCGCAGAGUUGGGACCCAAACAUCAUAUCAGAGUUAAUUCAGUCAAUCCCGGAGCUGUAGUCACUAAUUUUCUAACUAAUACGGGUUUACCGAAAGCAAUGGCCGAUAAAAUCUACGAAACAGUUGGCUGUAAAUAUCCAGUCGGUAGGGUUGGCCAACCGCAGGAUAUUGCCAACACUGUUGCCUUUCUGGUCAGUGAUACGGCGGCCGGGUUUCUGACCGGCAGUAUUGUUGUGGCCGACGGCGGACAUCUGGCCGCUAACGUAUCGCUUGAUAGGCAAACACAAAUUUGUUUGAAACAAUUGAAUUGA